AUGUAUUGCGGCAAUUACUGCCAAACAGCUGUUCUGCCGCACUCACUAACCACCACAUAUGGGAUGGUACCUUGGAGGCCCAGUGGCGGUGACAGCAUAACUGAACUCCGACUAAUUUUCGUUCCUUGGUUUGUCGGCAUCCACUUCUCAGCCAAGUGCUCCAAAUGCACUCCAAACCUUCUAAUCAUAGCUGUGGAAAAUGACUCCCAGUCUUCAUCGCAAUCCUCUUGGCACCAAGACAGAAACCAAAUCAGUGCUACACCGCCCAUUCUCAUGACUGCCCACUGUAGUUUAUUCGAUGAAUGGAUCUUUUCCUCCUCUUCAAAAAAUCUUCCUGCCUUAAUGAUCCGGCCUAUGGAGUCUUCGUUCCCCUACAAAUUUUGGCAGCUUUUAAUUUGUGAACAUAUUGAGUGA